AUAGAAACCAUUUGUGAGUUGAAUUAUCAAAGUGAUCUGUUCUCGGUUCAGAUAUUACCGCUACUGAAUGAUGCUGCUCUCACAAACUUACCGGAUAAAACGAUGGAUCUUUCAAUGCUUGGCUAUAAUUGCGCACAUUUAUCGGAGCGUGGUCUUUCACUUCUUCAUAUCAAUGUAUGGAACUCACUUUUAACUAAACAAUCCGAGCGUACGCAUCAUUUUCGUCCCAGAUUUGUCUUACCUCAUUGCGUUGAUCCUCAAUGUCCUUUUAUUCGAACGCACAACAAUAGUGCCUUAUGCUUGUGGAAUAAACAACAGUCUAAGGUGAGUGAGCCAGCAGCCAUUAUCGUUUUGUGA